AUGCCCGCAAUUAUCCUACCGCAGAAGGAGAAUUCCCUCUUUAAGAGAAUAUUGAGAUGUUAUGAGCACAAACAGUACAGAAAUGGGCUGAAAUUCUGCAAGCAAAUUCUGAUCAACCCAAAGUAUGCAGAACAUGGAGAGACGCUGGCGAUGAAAGGUUUAACUCUAAACUGUUUAGGAAAGAAAGAAGAAGCUUAUGAUUUGGUGCGACGAGGUCUACGCAAUGACCUCAAGAGCCAUGUCUGUUGGCAUGUGUACGGCUUACUACAGCGCUCGGAUAAAAAGUAUGAUGAGGCUAUCAAAUGUUACCGAAAUGCUCUUAAGUGGGAUAAGGACAAUUUACAGAUCCUUAGAGACUUGUCCUUGCUGCAGAUCCAGAUGCGGGACUUGGAGGGAUAUAGAGAGACUCGGUAUCAGCUGCUUCAGCUGCGUCCUGCCCAAAGAGCUUCAUGGAUUGGUUAUGCAGUCGCCUAUCAUCUGCUUGAGGACUUUGAGAUGGCUGCUAAAAUAGUGGAAGAGUUCAGGAAAACACAACAGACGUCUCCAGACAAAGUUGACUAUGAAUACAGUGAAUUGCUGCUAUAUCAGAACCAAGUUCUGAGGGAGGCUGGUUUGUACAAGGAAGCUCUUGAUCACCUCAACAAUUAUGAGAAACAGAUUUGUGACAAACUGGCUGUGGAAGAAACCAGAGGAGAGCUCCUGUUGAAGCUUGACAGAACUGAAGAGGCUUUAGAAGUGUACAAGAAACUUCAGGAGAGGAACCCUGAGAAUUGGGCUUAUUACCAAGGAAUAGAAAAAUCAUUAAAUCCAAGUAGUAUAGAAGACCGAUUUAAAAUUUACGAAGAAGCUUGGGUAACAUUUCCGAAAGGAUUGAUUCCCAGAAGACUUCCUCUUAGCUUCCUCAAUGGUGAGAAGUUCUGUGAAUGUUUAGACAGUUACCUUAGAAUGAACUUCAGUAAAGGCUGUCCACCUGUCUUCACUACUCUCAAAUCCCUUUAUGCUGAUAAAGACAAGGUUUCAAUUAUUGAAGAACUUGUGGUCGGUUAUGAAAAAUCUUUAAAAGGCUUCAGAAUGUUUUGUGAAAAUGAUGACGGUAAAGAGGAACCUCCAACCACUUUGUUGUGGGUACAAUAUUUUCUGGCUCAGCACUUUGACUUUGUGGGAAAGUCCACUGUAGCUUUAGAAUACAUAAACGCAGCCAUUGACAGCACACCUACACUUAUUGAGUUGUUUUCCAUCAAAGCCAAGAUUUACAAGCACGCAGGAAACAUCAAGGAAGCAGCUCGAUGGAUGGAUGAGGCACAGGCUCUGGACACAGCUGACCGCUUCAUCAACUCAAAGUGUGCCAAGUACAUGCUGAAGGCCAGCCUGGUGAAAGAAGCAGAAGAUAUGUGCUCAAAAUUCACAAGGGAGGGAACAUCUGCGAUCGAUAAUCUGAAUGAGAUGCAGUGUAUGUGGUUCCAGACGGAAUGUGCUUUGGCCUUUAAGGCCAUGAACAAAUAUGGAGAAGCUUUAAAGAAGUGUCAUGAGAUUGAAAGACAUUUUGUUGAAAUCACGGACGACCAAUUUGAUUUCCACACUUACUGUAUGAGGAAGAUGACCUUGCGAUCCUAUGUGGACCUGUUGAAGCUGGAGGAUGUCCUGCGGCAGCAUCCCUUUUAUUACAAAGCUGCACGCACAGCCAUUCAGAUCUAUCUGGCCCUGCAUGACAAACCUCUGGCCGACGACAACAAAGAGAGCGAGGCCGACACAGAAAAUUUGACUGACAAAGAGCUCAAGAAGUUGCGUAAUAAACAGCGCAGAGCUCAGAAAAAAGCUCAGUUGGAGGAGGAAAAGAAGAACGCUGAGAAGGAGAAACAGCUUAAGAACCAGAAGAAGAAGAAAGAGGACGAUGAUGAGGAGAUCGGACCUAAGGAAGAGCUAAUACCAGAUAAACUGAUUAAGACUGAGUACCCCCUGGAGGAGGCUGUGAAGUUCCUGAUGCCUCUGAAGAACCUUGUGAGGAAUAAGAUUGAAACGCACCUGCUCGCUUUCGAAAUAUACUUCAGAAAAGAAAAGUACCUGUUAAUGCUGCAGUCUAUAAAACGAGCUGUAGCUAUUGAACCCAGUAACCCCUGGCUGCACCAGUGCUUGGUCCGGUUCUUUGCAGGGGUUAAUAACAACGGUCACCUGGCAGAGGCAGUGAGAACAGUUCUGAGACAAGAGACCACCAGACUCUUUGGAGAGAGCAAUCCGCAGAGUUUCAACAAGAACUUCCUGAGUGAAAACUCCAACUCCGUCCCACAUCGACUGGCCGCUGCUAAAAUGAUGGUGUAUCUGGAGCCCUCCGCUGAUAAGAUGGCCUGUGAGAUCGCCACAGCACUGGAUGAGUCACUGACUGGAAGAAGCAUUCAGAUCUGCAUCGAAGUCUUGGAGGCACUGCGAAAUGGGCAGCUGGGGGAGAACCAGCAGAAAGCGGAGGAAUCAUACCGCACUGCCUGCCAUAAGAUCUUCCCGUACUGCCUGGCCUUCAUGCCUCCCGGUUACCAGGACAACAACACAAAGCUCAAUGUCAACGGUGACCUGUCGGCAGGCGAGCACGAGGAGAUGACUAACGAGAUGUGA